AUGGAUCGCGGCAUCGAGCGCAUGUUCGAGAUCGGCAGGCGCUUCGCCGAGGAGCAGUUCGGCGAUCGUGAUCUGCCCUUUGCGCUGGCGCUGCACCCGCCGUCCGAAGACGGCGAUCAGCGCAACUGGCAUCUGCACCUCCUGUUUUCGACUCGUCCCAUGGUUCGCACCGGCGACCAUGAAUGGGAUAUCGGCAGAAUGAUGCGGCGCGAGAUCGACAACCCGGACGCGUUCGAAGCAAUGCGCCACCUUUACGCUGCGUCCAAACCGAGGUCGUGA